CCGAACAGGGUAGUGUAUAAAAAACCAUCUUUGUAAGCAAUUGUGUGGCACAUCAAAUUUCAUCGAAAAGAAAGAAAAAAAAAAUAAAAUACAUUUUCUAUUGUUAGUCAGUGACUCAAUCAAACUAUAUGGCAAAUCUGCGUGAUGGUGGUACUUUUGUUUUCUUUCUUCUGUUCAUCUUCCAGAUUCAUUUUGGCCAUUCCAAAAACCCUUCCAGUGUCAAAGUUGUUAGGUGCAUGGAUAAUGAAAGACAGGCUCUUAUGAACCUGAAAAAAGGCCUAGUUGAUGAUGAUGAACUUCUAUCAUCAUGGGGUGCUGGAGAUCAUCAUCAAGAUUGCUGUAAUUGGGAAGGAAUCACCUGCAACAACUCUUCAGGGCGUGUCGAGAGGCUUGAUCUCGGUAACAAACACUUGGGAGGUCUAAUAAAUCGUUCCAUGAUGCAUUUGGAGCAUUUGCAGUAUUUGGAUCUCAGUUCCAAUGAUUUCUCAGGAAUACCAAUCCCUGAAUUUCUUGGAUCCUUGGAAAACCUGAGGUAUCUCAACCUCUCCAACGCGGGAUUCGGCGGCGAAAUCCCUCGUCAUCUUGGAAAUCUUUCUAGCCUUCAACACCUUGAUCUUAGCUCACCGUCAUCAUCAUCAUCAUCAUCGUUUUUAAGUUCGAAAAAUCUCGAGUGGGUUACCGGGCUUUCUUCUUUACAAAGCUUGGACCUGUCUCGGGUGAACCUGAAUAAUAGUCAUGAUUGGUUAGAUUCUGUCAAUAUGCUUCCUUCUUUGGUGAUGUUAAAAUUAAGGGGUUGUCAACUAGUCGGUGGUACCAAAUUUUCUUCUGAAAAUUUCUCAUCUUCUUCGCUUGUUUCGCUUGAUCUUGGCGAAAAUGAUUUCGGUUCUACUUUCCCUCCAUGGUUGCUUAAACUUCCUGACCAGAUUUCGGUUCUUAGGCUUGAUAGUAAUGGUUUUCAAGGUCCACUUCCAAGCAUGUUAGGAAACUUGACCUCGUUAACUUUGCUUGACCUUUCUGAGAACUCAUUCAAUUCGUCUUCGCUUUCGUGUUCAUUGUUUGAUCAGAGCAGGAGUCUCAUUUCUUCUAUCAAUCUCGGAUUCAAUCAGCUUCAAGGAUCGAUUCCUUCUUGCUUUGGUAACCUGACCUCUUUAAAGCUACUCAAUCUUAAUGACAAUAAUUUUGUUGGGAAAAUCCCAAGUGAGAUUGGUCAUCUCAGGGAACUGGUUACGCUUGAUCUUUCAUUCAAUCAUUUGAAUUCCUCUAUUCCUUCUAGUUUCGGACAGCUAACAAACCUUGAAACUUUUUCUUUCUCCAAGAAUCAGCCUUCUGGGGAUGAUGAAAACAAGGAAGUUGGUGAAUCACUUCCUCUUGGACUAGGGAAUUUGAGUUCUCUUAGAGUGCUUAACCUUUCAAACAACAACUUUGUUGGAGAAUUACCACCUGAGUUGGGUCAUCUCAAAAGCUUAAGUUCUCUUGAUCUUUCUUUCAACUCCUUCAAAUCAUCGAUUCCCUCGAGUUUCGGACAGCUAAAGCAGCUGAGAGUUUUGUAUCUUCACCAAAAUCAGUUGUCUGGUGCAGUUCCUCCGACUCUAGGGGAACUCGUCAACCUUCGAGAAUUGGAUAUCUCUCGCAAUUCACUGACCGGUGAGCUGUCGGAAUCUCAUUUUCUGAAACUCAGAAGCUUGAAGGUGUUGUCUUUGUCACAAAACCAUCUUACCUUAAAUUUGAGUUUACAUUGGAUCCCUCCAUUCCAACUUCAGGAACUUUCCAUGGAUUCUGUUUUCAUAGGAACUCUGUUUCCUAAUUGGGUUCAAACCCAAAUGAAUCUUUCCCUGUUGUCCAUGAUAAAUUGCAGCAUCUCCGGUACUAUUCCGGAAUGGUUCCGAACUGCUAGUGUCAAAGACUUGUUCCUUUCAGGCAACAAUUUUCAUGGACCAUUGAUACAAUUUCCACCUGAUAUGCAUGUGUUAGAUCUUUCCAAUAACCAUUUGUCCGGGCCGAUUUUUUUCUAUGAUGAUAAGAUCAGGAAUAACUCAGUUGCAGUUCUUAAACUUGGCAACAACAAUUUCACUGGAAACAUUCCUGAUUACAUGUGCAAUUUAUCAUCACUUUCAAUCCUGUCCCUUUCCAACAACCACCUGACUGGAGGAAUUCCUCCCUGUUUUGGAAACUUUGGAGACUUUGGGAUUUUAAAUGUGCUAGAUCUCUCAAACAACAGUCUUUCGGGCAGAAUUCCAGGCUCACUGAGUAAAAUCCAGACGCUGAUGUUUCUGCAUUUGAACCGAAACAAGUUGUACGGCCCAAUCCCUUCAUUUUUGAAGAAUUUGGUAUUCCUGUUAACUAUUGAUCUCGGGGAGAAUCGAUUGACGGGUACCAUACCAAGCUGGAUUGGAGAAAUCGGGGAUUUGAGGAUUCUCAGGCUUCAGUCUAAUGAAUUUCAGGGGAAAAUUCCAGCGGAUCUCUGCAAACUGUCACAGCUGCAAGUUUUAAAUAUUGCAGAGAACAAUUUGGUUGGUCAGAUCCCGAAAUGUGUAAAUGGCUUAAGUAAGAUGGCCUCAAAUGACAUGGGUUCAUUGUUUACAUUCGACACGUACACUGAUACGGUUUCGAAUAUAGUAAAAGGAAUCGAGUAUGAGUAUAGCACAAACAUCCUUCAGUUUGUGAAGUUCAUUUCAUUGUCAGGAAACCGGUUAGAUGGCGAGAUCCCGAAUGAGUUAUUGGAGCUUGAAGGGCUAAAAAGUUUGAAUCUGUCAAACAAUAAGUUGACAGGGAGAAUUCCAGAGAAAAUUGGGAAUUUGAAGAACCUGGAAUCCCUGGAUUUGUCAAUGAACCAACUUUCAGGACAUAUUCCUACAAGUUUGGCCAUUAUAGACACCCUGAGUUACCUCAACUUGUCAUUCAACAAUUUGUCAGGGCGGAUACCAUCAGGAAAUCAUUUCGAUACAUUGAAUAACCUAUCUAUUUACCUAGGCAAUUUCGGUCUUUGUGGUAGGCCGGUCGCGAAGAGCUGCCCCGGUGACGUACCAUUCACAUUGGGACCGGAAUCCGAUCAUCGGGACAAGGAAGAUGAGUUUGAGUUCUCAUGGCUUUAUGCUGGUUCACUACCUGGUUUUCUAGUUGGUUUGUUGGGUUUUUUCUCCAUUCUUUAUUAUAAGGUUUCAUGGCGUCUUGCUUACUAUGGGUUCUUGGAAGAUAUAUAUUAUAAAUUACUAGAAUAGUGAUUAUUGUAAUAUUCAUAUAGUUCUCUCUAUUCUAUAAACUGUACCUCAUUCUAUAAGACCUUUCCUUUUUCUUUUUUAUUUCUUUUUUUUAAAAAGGUACCUGUAUAUUAUUUAAGAAGUACCUAAGUUAUUACCACAUAUUCUAUGAAAUGCU